AUGACAACCUCCGCGGAUGAAAGAAACCAAAUCCUGCUCGCUAUUGCAGACGACGACCGUUGCAUUGUCUGGCUAGAUAUUGACAAUACCCUAUACUCUGCUAGCGCACGUAUCUCUCAGGCUAUGGGGGAACGGAUACAUGCCUACUUCAUCUCGCUUGGCUUUCCCGAAGAAGAGGCAUCAGAACUCCAUCACAAGUACUACACUCAGUACGGUCUAGCUCUACGAGGCUUGGUCCGGCAUCAUCAUGUUGACGCGCUAGACUUCGAUCGUAAAUGCGAUGGGUCCUUACCGCUGGAGGAAACGCUGAAGCCCGAUCCCAAGCUUCGAAAACUGUUAGAGGACUUCGACCGUAGCAAAACUCGCGUUUGGGCUCUGACAAAUGCGUAUCGUACACACGCUCAACGCGUAUUGCGCAUCCUCGGCGUUGAGGAUCAGAUUGAGGGUCUUGUCUAUUGCGACUACUCACUGCCGAAUUUUUCGUGCAAGCCGGAGGCCGAAUACUAUCAGGCGGCACUGAGGAACGCUGGAGUCACCGAUCCUUCGAAAUGUUAUUUCGUUGACGAUAGUAGAACCAAUGUCCUCGCAGCACACAAGCUUGGCUGGGGGAGGUGUGUCCAUUUCUGUGAGCGUGGUCUAGUCGCGGUGGAAGGAGGGAAGGAGAAGGAAAUAGGGGGAGACGCGGGGUUAUUUCCAGACGACAGUGGUAUUUCAACGGUAUCUGACCUAGAGGAACUGCGCACUGUAUGGUCAAACUUGUUCAAACAGUAA